UGGUGUAAUAUCGCUGCAAUAUCUGGCAUAUGACGUGUCCGUAGGGUCCUUGCUUCCUGGUUUAUGUUGGAGUGGUGAUUCACUGUAAAUCGUGAAAGAUGUCGAAAGUCACCUUUAAAAUCACGCUGACUUCGGAUCCGAGGCUACCUUACAAAGUGUUAAGUGUCCCUGAAGCCACCCCUUUCACGGCAGUGUUAAAAUUUGCAGCAGAAGAGUUUAAAGUUCCAGCAGCCACCAGCGCCAUCAUUACCAAUGAUGGUAUUGGAAUCAACCCAGCACAAACAGCAGGAAACGUCUUCUUGAAGCAUGGCUCAGAACUCCGAAUCAUUCCCCGAGACAGGGUGGGAGCCAGUUCUCGUCCAGACUGGAAAUGACAUCACCGGGACAUAAAAAAAAGUGUAUUUAUUUCCUCUCUGUUGCUAAAUGAAACCCCCCACUGAACACACUCUGUCGUCUGUUGUCAUGACGCACAGAAGGCAAGGGCUGCCCUGUGGACCCUUUCAGUUCUGCUAUGUUAUUCACUUGAUGUGACCCAGUGGAAAUGCAACUGCAUACAAGCCUUUGAGAAAUGGUGAAAUAUUCCAUAAAUCACAUAACAAAUUUUCUUUCAGCAACAAGUAGAAUAUUGCAGUGCCACGUUAACACCUCAUGAUGGAUAAAGUGGAUAAAUGUCCAAUAAAAAUACAGAAGAAAAUGGACAGAAUUCACAUCAAAUUAAUUUUCCUUUUUUGAUGAUUUUGUUUGAUCAGUUUUGUUUUUGCUUGUAGACAACAUUUCAUAACCCCAUCACGAUUCCAAACACAACGCCAAGUGCACCCACAAACACAAAAAACAUUAUCAUUCAGGUUUUGUACAUUUUCAGGUCUUUCAAUCAAAAAUAUAGGUUCUCUCAUUUUCCUCAUCCUUUCAGGGUGGACACAAAGCAAAGGUUGACAUAACCUUCUGUAGACACUGAUAUUGAUGCAACACUAUGGUCAAUAACCUGUUCACGGAAGUGCUUUCAUUCAGUAGCCAUUUUAAGUCUCUGGAGUCUUACAUUUACAUAGCAAAUGUGUUACAGAAGGAGAUGUUUAUGGUUUAUGUGUAGAAAUAAACAUGUUUUGACCAUUAUGUAUAAAUAAUAUUGUCUUAAACUGCA